AUUACAUGAAGAGAUCAGCUUACCAGUUUUCUUCGGAGCAGAGGCUGAGCUCGGAGCUCCGGGUAGUACAGUGAGGGAGAGCAGAGGGAACCGCGCGGUGCCUAGCGGAACUCCAGGGCUGGAAUCCCGGGACACAAGUGCAUCUGCUAGCUGUUAGCACUUGGCAGACGGAGCUCUCCUCUAGGGUAGUUCUAACUUUGGGUAAUAAUGUUUGUCAGCUACCUGAUAUUAACAUUGCUCCACGUUCAAACAGCAGUGUUAGCAAGACCUGGGGGAGAGAGCAUCGGCUGCGACGACUACCUAGGCUCCGACAAAGUGGUGGACAAAUGCGGGGUGUGCGGAGGCGAUAACACGGGCUGUCAGGUUGUGUCGGGCGUGUUUAAGCAUGCUCUCACCAGCCUGGGCUACCACCGCGUGGUUGAGAUUCCCCAAGGAGCCACAAAAAUCAACAUCACCGAGAUGCACAAGAGCAACAACUAUCUGGCCUUGCGAAGUCGUUCUGGUCGCUCCAUCAUCAACGGGAACUGGGCAAUUGACCGGCCUGGAAAAUACGAGGGCGGAGGGACAAUGUUCACCUACAAGCGUCCAAAUGAGAUUUCGAGCACCGCCGGAGAGUCCUUUCUGGCUGAAGGUCCCACUAAUGAGAUCUUGGAUGUCUAUAUGAUACACCAGCAGCCUAACCCGGGAGUCCACUACGAGUACGUCAUCAUGGGGACCAACGCCAUCAGCCCACAGGUGCCACCUCACAGGAGACCAGGGGAGCCCUUCCGCGGCCAGCUGCUCUCCGAGGGGCCGCGUCAGGAGGAGGCCGCGCAGGAGAGGCCGGAGGAGCAGGGGGAGCUGCACGGCGGGGCACCGGAAGUAUUCACCCCGGAGUCAGCGCAGACCUUCUCCAUGAGGCAUCCAGAUAGAUUUUCUUCCCACCGGCCAGGCAGUCUGGUGCCACCAGCACCACAGGCCCCACGACGAAGCCGAGAUCACAACUGGAAGCAGCUCGGGACCACGGAGUGCUCCACCACCUGUGGGAAAGGAUCGCAGUAUCCUAUUUUUCGCUGUGUGCACAGAAAUACUCAUGAAGAAGUUCCUGAGAGCUACUGUGACUCCAGCAUGAAGCCAACCCCUGAGGAGGAGGCCUGCAACAUCUUCCCUUGUCCAGCCUUCUGGGACAUUGGAGAGUGGUCAGAGUGCAGCAAAACCUGUGGCCUGGGCAUGCAGCAUCGCCAGGUCCUGUGCCGCCAGGUGUACGCCAACCGCAGCCUGACGGUGCAGCCCUACCGCUGCCAGCACCUGGAGAAGCCCGAGACCACCAGCACCUGCCAGCUCAAGAUUUGCAGCGAGUGGCAGAUCCGGACAGACUGGACUUCGUGCUCAGUGCCCUGUGGAGUGGGACAGAGGACCCGAGACGUGAAGUGUGUGAGCAACAUCGGGGACGUGGUUGACGACAGAGAAUGCAACAUGAAGCUCCGGCCAAAUGACGUCGAGAACUGUGACAUGGGGCCCUGUGCCAAGAGCUGGUUCCUCACCGAGUGGAGUGAAAGGUGCUCAGCGGAGUGCGGGGCUGGAGUGCGGACGCGCUCGGUGGUGUGCAUGACCAACCAUGUCAGCAGCCUGCCCCUGGAGGGCUGUGGGAACAACCGGCCAGCAGAGGCCACCCCGUGUGACAACGGGCCCUGCACGGGCAGGGUGGAGUGGUUUGCUGGCAGCUGGAGUCAGUGUUCCAUGGAGUGUGGCAGUGGGACCCAGCAGAGGGAGGUGAUUUGUGUCAGGAAGAAUGCAGACACCUUUGAAGUGCUGGACCCCUAUGAAUGCUCAUUCCUCGAGAGACCCCCCAGCCAGCAACCCUGCCACCUGAAGCCUUGCGGGGCCAAGUGGUUUAACACAGAAUGGAGCGUGUGCUCCAAGAGCUGCCAAGGUGGCUUCCGGGUCCGUGAAGUGCGCUGUCUGUCAGAUGACAUGACCCUAAGUAAUCUCUGUGACCCUCAGUUGAAACCAGAAGAGAAAGAAUCAUGUAACCCUCAAGACUGUGUCCCUGAAGUUGAUGAGAGCUGCAAGGACAGGUACUACAACUGCAACGUGGUGGUGCAGGCCCGCCUCUGCGUCUACAACUACUACAAGACGGCCUGCUGCGCCUCCUGCACGCGCGUGGCCAACAGGCACCUGGGCUUCCUGGGGAGUAGAUAACCCCCCGGCACCCACCCGCAGGGCCG